UCGCACCACAAACCUCAGAAGUCCGCGCGUCAUGUGAUAAGCACAUUGACUGCCUUGUUCUCGGCGAAGAAAAAAGAAAUAUCAUGGCGAUCCACAUAACUACAUUGCUUAUCCUCACCAUUUUGUACUGUGUUCAGAGUACUCCUUUGUUUUCGUCCGAAGAUGAAUAUCAUUUCAAGUCAUGGAUGUCCAAGUACAACAGACGUUACGACCUGGAAGAGUACUACCACCGACUGCAGAUAUUCACAGAGAACAAGAAGAUGAUCGACCGUCACAAUGCAGGAAACCACAAAUUCACAAUGGGAUUGAAUGAGUUUUCCGACAUGACCUUUGCCGAGUUCAAGAAGACCUUCCUUCUGACAGAGCCACAGAAUUGCUCUGCUACGAAAGGGGGCCAUGUCAGCUCUAAUGGGCCAUACCCAGAUUCCGUGGACUGGCGAGAGAAGGGAAACUAUGUCACACCUGUAAAGAACCAGGGUCCCUGUGGCAGCUGCUGGACCUUCUCUACCACAGGCUGUCUGGAGUCUGUCACAGCCAUAGCUACAGGAAAACUCCUGUUGCUGUCAGAACAGCAGCUAGUGGACUGUGCCCAAGCCUUCAAUAACCAUGGCUGCAAUGGUGGACUUCCUAGCCAAGCCUUUGAAUACAUCAAAUACAACAAGGGGCUCAUGACUGAGCAGGGCUACCCAUAUACCGCACAAGAAGCCAGCUGCAAGUUUAAGCCAGAGAUGGCCGCUGCUUUUGUGAAGGAAGUCGUUAACAUAACAAAGUAUGACGAAAUGGGCAUGGUGGACGCAGUGGCCAGACUGAACCCUGUCAGCUUUGCGUAUGAAGUAACGUCCGACUUUAUGCACUAUAAGGAUGGUGUAUAUAGCAGCACUGUGUGUCAUAACACUACAGACAUGGUGAACCACGCAGUGCUUGCUGUGGGGUAUGGUCAAGAGAACAGCACCCCCUAUUGGAUAGUGAAGAACUCCUGGGGAACAUACUGGGGAAUGAAAGGAUAUUUUCUCAUUGAACGUGGGAAGAACAUGUGUGGACUGGCAGCCUGCUCAUCGUAUCCUCUCCCUCUGGUGUGAGCCCUGAGGUGAACUACAGGGAUGAAGUAUUAUGGAAAAAGGGAAACGUACUAACAAUUUUGCACUUAAAUAGUCUAUUUCUUGAAAUCAUUCUUUCUGAACCAUAAUUUCAGUGACAUUGAUAUAUUACAUGAUUAUGACACAGGGCAUGCAGCAAUAUUUAAUGUACACAAGAACUGUUUUUACAUUGCUCAUGUAGUAGUAGUCAUAUGCUCGAGCAGUUUUAUUUUCUUCUGCCAUAAAUUGAUGCACUAAAAUCAUAAUGAGAAAAAGGUACUGUAUUCAGAAGAAUUGCAUUUAUUAUUG